AUGCAAGACAACGGCCUCCGUCCCAUCAACCGCGUGAUCACAGACCACGACGCUCAAGGGACGACCAGAUUCCAGGAUAGAAUUCCUGAACCCCUCGAAUGGCAGCAGCUCGCCAACGGUGCCCGCUUUUCGCUUGCAUACGGGACGAACGAGGUCCCCGUCAACUUGACCGGCGAGAAGGAUCUCAAUGUUUACCAGUCGUUGCUGAGAGAUCUCCCGGGUGUUACAAUUCCCGGAGGCACGGUCUUGCGUGUCGUGGACAUGAACCCUGGUGCCAUCUCACCCAUGCAUCGGACUGUCAGUCUGGACUACGGGGUGGUGCUCGAAGGAGAGGUCGAGCUGGUGCUGGACUCUGGAGAGACGAGGUUGCUCAAGCGAGGCGACAUCGCGGUUCAGCGUGGGACAAACCACGCGUGGAGGAAUACGAGUGACACCAAUUGGGCGCGGAUGUUGUAUGUUCUCCAGGAGGCCCAGCCUUUGGAGAUUAAUGGGGCUACACUGGAGGAGGACUAUGGGGGCGGGAUGGACGAUGUGAAGCCCUCCAAACUUUAUACUUGUCCCCCUUGUGCUUCUACCAUCACUCCCAUCAUGCCUGCCCGCCAUCUGAAAUCAAGGUCAAACACCUUGGCUGUCUCCACACCUCCUCAAGUAGACGUCAGCUCAGUCGUUAAGGGAGUGAUAGACGAUGUCCGACAGAAUGGCGACGCAGCCGUACGCAAGUACUCCGAGAAGUUUGACAAGUGGUCGCCAGCUUCGUUCAAGCUGUCCCAGGCGGAGAUUGAUGCCGCGAUGGCGGCCUGUCCCCAACAGACCAUCGACGACAUUAAAGAGGUCCAAAAGAAUGUGCGUGCAUUUGCACAAGCUCAAUGUGAGUCUCUAAAGGACUUUGAGUAUGAGAUUCAACCCGGUGUUGUUCUGGGCCAAAAGAAUCUUCCUAUUAGCUCUGUCGGCGCAUAUAUCCCUGGUGGACGAUACCCUCUUCUUGCAUCCGCCCAUAUGACCAUCUUAGCUGCCAAAGUCGCCGGCGUGCCGCACGUUGUGGGUUGCACUCCACCCAUCGCUGGCAAAAUUCCCCAUGCCACAAUUGCAGCCAUGCACCUUGCUGGUGCCGACGAGAUAUAUCUCCUCGGUGGUGUUCAGGCGAUUGCUGCAAUGGCCGUUGGUACUGAGAGCAUGCAGAAGGUGGACUUCAUCGCGGGCCCCGGAAAUGCUUUCGUUGCCGAAGGAAAGAGGCAGCUCUUUGGGGAGGUCGGAAUUGACCUCUUUGCUGGACCAACCGAGAUCUUGAUUGUUACAGAUGAAACGGCGGAUCCUUUUACCGUUGCUACCGACAUCCUCUCCCAGGCUGAACAUGGGCCUGACUCUCCUGCAGUGAUAAUCACUACAUCGGAGAGUGUAGGCCGGAAAGCCAUCGAGAUCAUCGAUGAAUUGCUCAAACACCUUUCAACUGCGGAUGUGGCAGGUGUUUCGUGGGAGCGAUUCGGUGAGGUGAUUGUUGUUGAUACGAUGGAGGAAGCGUGGAAGCUGGCAGAUGAAUAUGCCAGCGAGCAUGUGCAAGUCUUUACAAAACGGCCUCGGGAUGCAUUGGACAAUAUGACAGCAUACGGAGCGCUCUUCUUGGGUGAGAAGACGUGUGUUUCUUACGGGGAUAAGGUGAUUGGAACCAACCACGUGCUCCCAACCAAGAAAGCAGCUAGAUAUACCGGUGGUCUCUGGGUUGGAAAGUAUCUCAGGACUGUGACAUAUCAGGAGGUGGAGAGUAGCACGGCUAGUGGCGAAUUGGGCAGACUCUGUGGACGAGCAGCUAGAGCAGAGAACUUCGAAGGCCAUGCUCGGUCUGGGGACUUGCGUGUGCAGAGGUAUCUGAAUGAUCAGUAUGAUUGGAUCAAGCUGUAUCAUGAGGAGAAUCCUAAGGCAUAG